AUGUUGGUAUCUCCUCUCAUGGGUCCCGUAAUGUCCAUUACCUUCGGCACCAUCAUAUCAGACAGGAGCCUCAUCAGGAGUGGCUUCGAGAGCUUGGUUUUAGGCAUGUUCCUAUCUCUACUAUUCGGAUUCAUAUUUGGCCUGAUUUUGGGAAGCACUGAGAUGCCUUGGGGAUUUGGAGAUUGGCCUACUGAAGAAAUGAAGGGACGAGGCAACGUUCGAUCUCUAUGGAUGGGCGUGCUAUGGGCCCUGACGUCAGGCACAGGAGUAGCUCUCGCCUUACUUCAGGGCAGUGCUGGGCCACUAAUUGGUAUCGCUAUUUCAGCAUCCUUGUUACCACCUGUAGUUAAUUGUGGUUUAUACUGGGCACUAGCGUGUAUAUGGCUGCUGUACCCAGGGGUGAAAGUCCCUCACAUAAAGGGCGAAGCUUACACUGGCAACUCAUCGUAUACUCCGCUGUACCACGAUUACCUUCCGAUUGAAUUUGCUGUGAAUGGCAUCGUAAGCUGCUGUCUAACAAUAGUGAACGUUAUCUGCAUAUUCAUAACGGCUAUAAUAUUCCUGAAGAUUAAGGAAGUAGCUGCUCCAUACACUUCAAGUCCAGAUCUCCGGCGAUUUUGGGAACAGGACAUCAAAGUCGCAAGAGACGCUAACAGGGCGAACUUGCAUAAGGCGGAAGAUGAUGAACGAGCUGAAUUAGUGCUGGAAGAUCUCAAUCAAGAAAGUGAUGAAGCCAUUAGAGAAAAGCUAGAGGCCGCUGUCGAAGAGGCUCUGGACGACGAAACUUAUAGGAAAGUGAAACGAAUGAGUUAUCAGAGCCAUAAUGCUGACGAGGUUUUCCGCACUAUUGGACUGUCGAGAACUCCUAUAUCCUUGUUGUCGAGCCAGCUGAACUCUGGAGUCAGCACUCCUACUGGCCCCAAACCUUCAAAUAUGGAUGACAUAGCGGCACUAGACAAAUUACUGACGUCAUUGCUUGGCUUGAAGGAGAGUAAACGUGGCAGAUCUUUUAUUUCUCAUCGUGGGACUCCGCGAUCCAGUCGGAUUCCUAGAACUGUGCAGGAAGGGAUUGGACACGGCUACGGCAGGCAAACGGAAUCGUGGCCCGAAAGGAUUUAUGAAGAUUCUGUAGUUCGCAGUGUCAUAAGCAGUCUACGAGCCAGUAAAAGAAGCUCGCAAAUGGAAGAAGCGUUUAUGACACCAAAGUAG